AUGGAUGAGCAACGCGCAAUUCAGCGGGAACGCCAGCUCGCCGAGAGUGUACGCGAGCACGAGAAGCAGGAAGCUGCUCGCAAGCCCAUGACCGAAGAGGAGAAACAGGCAGCGGCCAAAGCUGAGUACGAGAAGCUUUUGAACAUGCGGUCUGGUGGCACAUACAUUCCUCCCGCUCGACUGCGCGCGUUGCAGGCGCAAAUCACGGAUAAGACGAGUAAGGAGUACCAGCGCAUGGCCUGGGAGGCGUUGAAGAAGUCGAUCAACGGUCUGAUCAACAAGGUCAACGUUUCCAACAUCAAGUAUAUCGUGCCAGAGCUUUUUGCCGAGAACUUGGUCCGGGGCCGUGGCUUGUUCUGUCGAUCCAUCAUGAAGGCGCAAGCUGCCAGUUUGCCUUUUACGGCAAUCUACGCGGCGAUGACCGCCAUUGUGAACACGAAAUUACCCCAGGUUGGAGAGCUGCUGGUCUCUCGGUUGAUCAUUCAAUUCCGCAAGGCAUUCAAACGAAAUGACAAAGCUGUUUGCAUCUCGUCUACGACUUUUAUUGCACACCUUGUCAACCAUCAAGUCGCCAACGAGAUGCUUGUCGCGCAGAUCCUGCUUUUGCUGCUCCACAAGCCCACCGACGACAGUGUGGAAAUCGCAGUCGGUCUCACCCGGGAAGUCGGACAGCACUUGGAGGAAAUGAACCCUCAAAUCGCGAAUGCCGUUUUCGACCAGUUCCGGAAUAUCCUCCACGAAGCCGAUAUCGAUAAGCGUGUGCAGUACAUGAUUGAAGUCCUGUUCCAAGUGCGCAAGGACCGGUAUAAGGAUAACCAAGCAAUCAAGGAGGAGCUUGAUCUGGUGGAGGAAGAGGAUCAAAUCACACAUCAAAUUGGGUUGGAUGAUGAGGUCGAAACCAUGGACACUCUGAACAUUUUCAAGUUCGAUCCAGAAUGGGAACAGAAUGAGGAGAAAUAUAAGAAGUUAAAGGCCGAGAUUCUUGGCGAGGACAGCGAUGAGGAUGAAGACGAUGAUGACGAGGACGAGAGUUCCGAAGAUGAACCGGACGCCGAGGAACAGAAGAUGGAUAUUAAGGAUCAGACCAAUACAGACCUGGUCAACCUUCGUCGGACGAUCUACUUGACGAUCAUGUCGAGUAUCGACUUUGAAGAAUGCUGUCACAAGCUGAUGAAGAUCAACCUUCCGGCCGGUAUGGAGCCUGAACUGCCUUCCAUGAUCAUCGAGUGUUGCUCUCAGGAACGCACUUACUCCAAGUUUUAUGGUUUGAUUGGAGAGCGGUUUGCCAAGAUUAACCGGCUCUGGUCUGACCUGUUUGAGGCCGCGUUCGCCAAAUACUACGACACUAUCCACCGCUAUGAGACGAACCGCCUGCGGAACAUUGCACGGUUCUUUGGACAUAUGCUCAGCAACGACGCCAUUGGCUGGCACGUUCUGUCUGUGAUCCAUAUGAAUGAGGAGGAGACGACCUCCAGUAGCCGUAUCUUCAUCAAAAUCCUCUUCCAGGACCUCGCAGAGAAUCUUGGCCUGCCCGGCCUGCAAACCCGUUUCAGAGACGAGAUCCUACGGCCCAGCUUCGAGGGUCUGUUCCCACUCGAGAACCCGCGCCACACUCGCUUCUCGAUCAACUACUUCACCAGUAUUGGUAUGGGUGUGUUGACAGAAGACAUGCGCGAGCAUCUCAAGAAUGCUCCUCGUCCUACCGUGCCCGCCCUGCCUGCACGCACUUCCCGCUCACCAUCAGACCGGUCAUACUCGCGGUCUUCAUCCUAUACUCGCUCCUCUCGCUCAAGAUCUCGUUCCUACUCUCGUUCCCGCUCCCGCUCCUACACCUAUUCUCGUUCUCCCUCAAGGGACCGUGGCCGGUCCUACUCCUGCUCCAUCCCUCCUGAUUCACGAGGCCGAAGUUACACACCAUCGCUCUCCCGCUCACGCUCGCGCUCUCCUGUCCGCCGCGGCCCACGAGAUGCGUCAAACAGUCGGUCCAGAUCCCGAUCUCGGACUGUAUCGCGUACUCCAGAUCGACGCAGCCGGGCCCGCUCCUACUCGCGCAGCCCUAGCCGCAGCCCGGUCCGCCGUUCAGUCUCUCGAUCAGCCUCCCCUCCACGCCGAGGGCCGGCCACGGCUAGCCGGCGAGGCCGUAGCUACUCGAGGUCACUUUCUCGAUCGGCAUCGCCCCCUCGUCGGGAACCGGCUGCUAAGAACGCAAGACGGCACUCAUCAGCAUCAGCAUCGCCUCCACCUCGCCGUGAUCGUGACCGGUCUAUUUCUCGAUCUCCUUCGCGCUCUCCUGUUAGACGACGUGAUGACUCCCGGGGUCGAAGCUACUCGCGGACUCCCCCUCGUCGCCGCUAA